UAAUGCCCAUUUCUCUCUUUGGCCCUUGAGCUCAUGUGAUUGUGGGUGGUGGUGAGGAGUGUGGGUAGGGCUCCACCCAGGUCCCCAGUUUGCUUCCCAACCUGUGCUACCCCACCCUCCCUCCAAGUUGGGCAUAAUGCUGUGGUGUUGAGGGGUGACAGGUAGGACCCUCUGGCCCUAAUGCUGCCAUUUCUGCUUCCUCCAGGUCACCCCACCUGCCUGCAGUUCACCCUGAACAUGACCGAGGCUGUCAAGACCUACAAGUGGCAGUGCAUAGAGUGCAAAUCCUGCAUCCUCUGUGGGACCUCGGAGAAUGAUGACCAGCUCCUCUUCUGCGACGACUGUGACCGCGGCUAUCACAUGUACUGUUUAAAUCCCCCAGUAGCUGAGCCCCCGGAAGGAAGCUGGAGCUGCCACUUAUGCUGGGAACUGCUCAAAGAAAAAGCCUCAGCCUUCGGCUGCCAGGCCUAGGACCCCAGGUCACAGGAUGUGACUUGCGUUGGAGAGGCUGAACCAGAGUCCAGUUCAAACCAGAUCGAGCCCCUACUCUCAUAUAUCCAGACAGGCAACCGUAAGGAACAUCAGGAACCACAGAGGGCGUGGACACGUGGAACCAAGAGGGCGAGGUAGCUACGUACCUCCUACAUGCAGGUUUUGGUACUUCUGCCAGCCCCUCCUCGUUUCUGCCAGAAAGAUGGUAAACUUUUGGAGAACUGCCCCAACCACAGCCCUGUGGAACCCCUUCAUGUUUAUCCCAGCGCUCCGGCCACUGGUUGCAUUUUGUGAGCACCCAUCAGUCUUUCGCGUGUAGUUUGGUGUUUUCUAUCUAUUGUGUUCCAAGAAAUCUUUGCACAGCCUCCCUGCCCCCAGUUCGGUCUCUUCAUCCUGAACUCAGCAGGGGAAGAAAAGGCUGUGGAGACGUUUUUAUUUAUUACAAGCCUCCCUGGGAACUUCUAGACUCGGAGCCUGGAGGCCAUCUAGACGACGGAGUCCUGAAAUCCCUCCUCAUUCCUUGGUCUCUGUGAAGAGGAAUAGCUGCUUUCCGGACCCCAGCAGAUACCCCGUGGCGUCCACAGCCAGGGUGGUCUCUUGAUGGGGCUGGGGUGGGGGGACCCGGAGGUGUGGGUGGAAAUGUUGUGAAGACAGUUCUGAGGCCCCACCACAGCCAGUCAGUAUUUGCUGUCCAUCGGAAGUGGCUUUGGCAGGGACCAGACCUUCAGAGCUGGGGCAUCCUCGAGGAGAGACAGGCCACAGCCUAGGGCUAAGACUCUACCUUCCACCCAGCCUGGUUCUGGAACUUUCCCUGGUGGGACUCAAGAACCCGGAAGGUGAGUGAAGGCUGCCAGGUCAAGAAUCUGAAUGCUGGUACCAAGGACUGCAGGUCCAAGAAGCCCUUCAGUGUUGCUGUGACACCGAUUCCUUCUCCCACGUAAUUCCUUCCUUUCACGUAGCGUAUGUCUGCCGUUGUCCACUGAGACCUGAUUCUGGACAUUUCAGGAUGAGGGAGAGAUGGUUGUUCCCUAAGCAAAUAAUUGGGGUGAUGUGAUUAUUUGUGACCCGGGUGACAAGCAGGCAGAACCUUCAGCUCGAGGACUUCUCUUGUCACCUCAAUUCCUCAAUACAUGCUGGAUUCUCUUUUUGAAAAAAUGUUUCGAGAAGACAGAAGUGGGGAGGCUCAGAUUCCGAGAAGUCUGUGUUGGAAGUCAGCCCCGUGGGCUGGAGCGAACCGGGCUGCCUUUGAAUCUCCGCAGCAGUGGCAACACCAGCAGCACAAGAACGGACACGUUUCUGGAAAAUUCAUUUGCCCAAAGGGCAGGUCUCGGUGAGCGGGACCCUCGCGCAUGCUCGGCUUCCCUGAAAUCAGCUCCUUCUCUGUGGUCCGCCGGCUUCCAACAAAGGCCCGGGUUAUUUUUAGUCCUUCGGCUCCUGAAGAAGCCCCUGGAGGCUCAGAGGCUCGGGCCGGUGGGGCCGUUUCUGCCCGGCUGCUGUGCUCGGCCGCGACUUGGCAAGACCUUCCUUCCCGGCUAAUUGCCCUCGGCCAGCGGACCCGGGGCAGCCUGGCGCGGAGCCAAGCCCUAUUGGUCUCCCUCAGUCCUUUGCAGGGUGACCUGUGGCGGCAGGUGGGGGCCACCCUCCCCCCUGCAGGGGCCUGUGGCCUCGGAGGGAGUUCCGCGCAUGCAUGAUGAUCUGUUUUAAAGCGCCCAGCCAGAUGGGAUUUUCAUCUUCCUCAUAAGCUAUUUCCUUCCCCCUGCUGGUUGCUGAACUUCUUUUGGAUUCUGGAGGCCCAGGGAGGGUUUGGGAAGUUGCCCUGUGGUCACCUCUUCCGUUUACCGGGGAGGGUCACGUUAGAGGGGCAGAUUUCCUCUCCUGACUGCUCUGGCUCUCUGUCCUCCCACAGAGCCCAAAGUGGGCGUCCUCAAAGGCUGGUUAUUGGUUUUGAAAAAUCACUUUGAUUUAAUUUUAGGAAAAAAGUCAUCAGAAUGUUCUCAAAAGCCACAAAUGGCUUAAAAGUUAAAAAAAAAAAAAGUCAAAUCUGAAACCAAAAUGAUAGCCCUAACAUGUGACAGACCCACUUUGGAGUGUGUGCAGAUCUGUUAUCCACCUCAAAGCAGAUAAUGGGGUGGCCCUCUCCUCUCUUCAGCCACACCUGCUGCCACAGAAGCCAUGAGGGUGAGAUUGGGUCUCUCAGACUUAGGAGGGAGCUGUAACCUCCUGCAGGGGUGAGGGUGGCUGGUCUCUGGACUAGACAUUGGGGAGGCCCAGAAUUCCCUUCCUAGUUUCACUCCCUGCAAAAUGGGCCCAAUCCCUUCCUCUUUGGAGACCUCAGUUUCCCCAUCUGGAAAGUGAUGACAGCAAAGCCAGCUUCUGGGAUUGCAGUUGCAUGGUCCUGCAAGCAAACAAAAGUCAAAGUCACAUUGUCACUUUCUGUAUUGAAAAAAGGAAGGUGCUGGUCAACUUCAAAUUGCUUUCUUUGAGCCCCAGAGAAUGAGCCAGAAUCACAGAGUGCACAUGGAUAGUCAGGGUUUUUGCCCCUGCCAUUGAAUUGAAUAGCUGUGUGACCUGGGGCAAGUCACUUGACUUCUCUGUACCUCAGCGUGCCCAUCUGUGAAAUGGAGAUAAGACUUGUCCUGUCUGUCCCACGGUGACACUGGGAAUUUUAAGAAUCAUAAUGUUAUAUAACUGGUCACUGGAGAGCAGGGUUUGUCAGGGAUGACAAAUGAUUUCUGUACCCUUUUUCUUAUGUAGUUAGCCAAGGUUAGACACCUUGGACUCUCCAUUUUGUCCAGAGGGGAUUUUUAUGUUAAGGGCCAGGCUGCCUGUGGUCAGGGCCACUAGGUCAAGCUGUGACGAGAAAACCGUGGCUGUGCAUGCGGCUGUGGUGGAAAGUGAGGGGUUUACCCUGGGGUUGGGGCCCUCAGAAUGGGCAUACUUGAGCUACUCCCAUCUAUAAGAUCAGUGCAGCCCAGAAUGGGGCACUAACUUCUGGAGAGGGCUGUAAUUCAGUUCAAUGUAACAUUCGCUUAAAAACUGGUUUACAUGGAGAUAAUGAUGCUCUUGCCUCAAAUCCUGGGAACAGCCAGGGUGCCUUUGUUCUGUUUCACCCUGAUAUUGUGACUCCCGCCUACCAGAGAGGAGGUGAGGCUGCAGGAUCCAAGCCGGAAGUUGAAACCCUCCAUUUCCUGUGGGGUUUUUUUUUGAAACAUUGCUUUUGGGUCCUGCAGCAAAUCCAGUGCAGGCGCCGUGGUGAGGAAUUGGAGACAACGCUCCUGCUAGGAGAUUUACCUUCUGGCUUUUCUUCUCAACCUCCCACUGACUCAGAGCCCCUAGGCAGGAGCCAGCAGGUCCCAAGGCUCCUCUGCUCCUGUCAUUGCCCCGGGGCCAGGUAGGAAGCCCUGGCAGCCUGGGAGAGCAGCUGCUUCCCCAGGCUCAGCUCUGUCUGUGUGGAACCACGGAGGGAGGGAGGGGGAGAGGCCAGAUUCCUUCAGAGCUGGGGAAGAUAACAGAUUUUGAGGUUGGGGGAGGGUUUGGGUUUCACAGUGAUGGUUUCAUGAUACCCUGGAGAGUUACACUCCUGGUGCAUCUUAGUCUUUGUGCUUUGAACACAGUACAAUUCCUUUCGGCCCUUUCCUUAAAAAGUUCAGAUGUUUUAAGGAAGAAAAAUGAGAUGAUGAUGAUUACUUUUCUUACGGGGGCAAGUUUAGGAGACAGACCUGUGCUCUUGAAGAAGGAUUACAGGCAUCCUCAGGCUUCAAGACUCAGAGAAGAGGGACCCCUAGUUUCCUCUUUGAGUCCAUGUGUAGGGGGUGGGUGGGAAACCCAGGGGAUUGCCUUCCCUGCCCUCCACGCGGUUCUCAGCCUGCAUGCAGGUCCUGGGACAGCAGCCUCCCUUCCUCUCUCGGCACCCUCUCCCCCCAUACUCUCCCCUGCUGCCCACUGUGGCCCCUCCCCCAGGUGUGACUGUGUCCCUACCCAAGGGAGACUACAGCUCCCUGGGCCAAGGCCGUGCUCACACUCCCAGUGAACAUGCCCAGACCACUGCGUCUGCCUGCUUUUCAGAGCUGGGUGUCAGUGUCACCUGUAAUAGGUUCACAUCUCUGGAGAGGGAGGGAGGAAGGGGCAGCCCUGAGGAAGGAGUGGGCGGGUCAAAGAUUUUUCACGUCAGGCAAAGUGAAAUGAAGGCAAAGUGAAAUGAAGGUGAGAGGAGGUCACUUGGGGGGGGGGCAGAAACCUGGUUUCCACUGAGGAAGGAGUCCCAGAUCUAAAUAAUUACAGGGCAAGGGAAGGAAGAAUUAUCAUAAUCCAUUUUUUCCCCUCAGGCCUGAGAUCCUGGCAACGUGGUUGUUUUUUGUUUUUUGUUUUUUUAAAUUUUUUUCUCUCUAAGACCCAGCCUUUGUCAGUUCAGGACACCAAGCCAGCUCCUCCUUUUCUGAGGCCCCCUGGCCUCUGGCUCCCUGUUGGUUGGGGGGCUUCAGAGGGCAAAGCGGGCAGGAGUGGUGCCCCUCACCCAGCUAGGGUGGGAGGUACAGAGGGGCUCCCCGUCGAUCCCUGUGGGUUUCCCCACCCCCACAGGAGAAGUGCCCUCUGACUUGGCGAGAUAAGCUGCUGAGCCUGGGUGGAAGGAGGGGGCCUGGUGGGGAAAGAGGUGGCAGCCAAAGACGAGCUAGAUCAAGACCUGCAGCCCUGGAGGCAGAGAAUUUCCAGGCACCACUUCCAUUGGGGUCAGGCCUGGGAGGUUCCCCCCAGCCUGAUCCCCAAGCCCAGGAUGCCAGCAGCUGGGACACCAAGAGAAGGGAGAAUCUGGCCAGUCCUCCCCACCACCUGGCCAAGUGGAUGCGGUUCUUCGUCCCCCCCUGUCCUGUGUGCUUCCCUUUUUGGACUCUUACUCCCACCCCAAAAGGAUGCUUCUGGUUUUCCGAUUAGCCCGGGUUCAUCUGGAUACCAGGUGAGGAAUGGGGAGGAGGGCGGGAAGCCACAGGUUCUUUUCUUUGCCUCAGGCUCCUAGUCUCCCCACGCAAGCCCAUGGCCCUGCUGGUUUCCUUGGGUCUAAUGGGUCCACGGUCAGAGGUUGGCUCUGCACUCGUCAAUGGGUUGAGUCUCCCCUCCCUGUCCCUGAAUAUUGCCAGGGCUCAGGGGUCUGGUUACAAGUUUCUGUUGGGGCCGCAGCCACCAGCCCUGGGUGGAGAAACAGCAGGAGAGAUGGGUUGGUUCAGGGCCUUUGCAGUGACCAGAGAAGAGUCUUUGACCCGAGGAAGCUGGGUCCCUUUCAAAGAAGGCUGGACACUUUCUGGUUUGUGAGGGGAUGGCUGAGGCUGUUGUUUUGAGAGGGAGGCCAGAGGGACAGGAAGAUGUCCUUGGUGCUGCCCGGGUGCCCUGGCUGUGGGAGGAGACGCGUCCUCUGAGCAUCUCAGCAGCUGCUCCUGGAAAGGCUCGGCUGCACGGUGCUUUCUUCAGGCUGCGGCCCAGGCUGCUGGGAAGAGACGCCCACGGAAGUUCCUCCAGGAAACCGUGACGAGGAGGGGCCUGGGCCUGCCCCUUCACCGAUUUGGUUUCCCAGAAGGAACAGGGCUCCCUGUGUGAGGGGAGAGCUUUGGAGGUGGGUGGGUUCCCAAAGAAGGCACUCUCUGGGCUCUGAGUGAGCCCUGGCUGUGUCCCCUUGGAUGGCUGAGACCUGAGGUAACUCCCCAGGGUCCUGGGAGGCUGUGAGGGGCAGGACGGGGGGUCAGAAGGCACAGGAAUGCCCCUGGUCACAGUCUCUGUUCCCAACCCACUCCCUUUCUUUGCUCCACUGCUUUGAAAGAGGGUCAUUGCAGGCUUUUCCCCUCUGUGGCCCCACCAAGAGAAGGCAGUGUUUGUGCUGAUGGUGACGUUUCCUGGGCAGACCAGAGGAAGGCAGGAACUGGGACUGGCGGGCAGCCAGAACCCUCUUCGGCAGAGAUACAAUUACUAAUCAUGACCUCUAGCCCAGGCAGCGAGCAAAGUGGCCAUUCAGGACGGCGCUGACCCAGUCUGGCCAAAAAGGCUGCUUGGUGGGGAAGCAAGGGGGUAAGUGGUCCCUGUAGGAAAUAGGGGGACAGUGAGCCCCCAGGAUCUCUAUUCUCCCUCAGCAACACAGCCCCUCAGGUCUCCAGGAUAGCCACUCACUGCAUCCCAUUUGCUUGCCUCUCUGCAUCUCUAUACUUUCUCUCAAUGUCAUCAAUAUGGGUGAUGAGGACAGAUAGACAGACACAUACACACACACACCCUCCUUUAAUGAACUAAAACAAACUUUAUAUGUUGCUCCAGGAUGAGAGGGAGAACCUGUCGGUAACCAGGAGCCGCCAGACAAGAUGCUGUCUUGCCCCGAGGUCCUCCCAGGCUGGCUCCCCCAGCUCCCAGCCCCUGCACAGCCACAGGGAGCUGGAAAGGAAGCCUCGUGCUUGGAAAGCCAUUGGCUGCAAGGACCCUUUCGUUUCUCCCCUUCACUUGCCUCUGCUUCUUUGGGGGAAGAUGUUUGGCAAUAAUUGGGGACCUGGGGGAAAAGGCUUGAUUCUGCGUUCUAUUGGGGGGAUGCAGAGGUUUUAUGGGUAGAAUUGGGGUUGUCGGUUUUGUUGACUUUGCCCUUUUGUGAUCAUUCCCCACCGAGCCCCUGGUUCUCCUCUUCCUUGUCCUGCACCUUCCCCUCCUUUCCCUCCUGCCAUGCUGGGGCCUGUGGGAUGGGGGUGGUUGUGGAACAGUAGUACAAAAGGAAAAGAAAAGAUACCUCCUGCACAUUGUCACCCCCUAGUUGAAGAGGCCUAAAUUUGGUUCUGGGGGAAAAAAAGGAAAGAAACACUACUAGACAAUAUGUGAGUGAGAGCUUGAGAACAGAAAAAUUAUCUGAGAGCCGAGGAGGUGGGGACAGGUGGCCAGAAACAGGUGAGGCUGGGAGGCUGAAUCCUGGUUCACUGAUGCAUCUGGUCCACGUGGCAUUUGGGAAAGCAGAGAGUCACAUGUCCGCAAGAAAUGGUCAGAUGCUCACGGACCAUUUGUGUCUCGGGCUGGGAAAGGGAGGGGUGUCUGUCCCAGCGGUCCACGACUCGUCGGCUGUGUUUGCCCACUCAGGGCAUCUUGCCUCCGGAGGAACAUGAACACAUUUCUCAGCUGCCGUGAGGGAUUGCUGGGCAGGCCGGUACCAGCUAAAACACCUGGUGGAGCACAGGCUACGUGCCAGGCAGUGUGCUCGAUACCACAGGGGCAGGAGAAAUAACCCCGGCCCAACCUUCAAGUUGCUUUUCAGCCCUGUAAUUACACUCUGUCAAGGCACCCUGAUCAUAUGUCAGGUGGCGUGUCAUCAGGGAAGGCGUUUGUGUAUCUAGUUCGCUCUGUUUAGGAUGCAUGCUCGUCAGUAGAAGACGAGCCGGCGAAGGCAUUCAGUUAUUUCCAAUCUCUGGGCCUUGGAGAGAAGAGCACAGUUGACCUCGGCUUAGUUGCUUUUAUGUGUCCCAAGCACUGGCUGCCCUUGGAAGAUGAACAUCCUUAACAUGAAGGGGAGUGAGAUGAAGGUACCUGGGUUGGCGUGUGUCACCCGUCAAAGAGACUCUGAGCCUGUGCCUCCGGGUGCUGACUCCUGGGGAGGCAGGCAGGCAGGUGUGAUUGGCAGGGCCUCAUCAGAGGUGGAAAAUGACCCAGACAGUGGUCUUGUCCAGUCCCCACUAGAGGACGCAGAGAUGGGGGUGGUGGGACAGAUGCCUCAUGCACGGGUUGGGUGGACAAUCAUGGAGCCCCCAGCCAGGCUGUCUCAGCUGUGCAGGCAUUUCUGGCUUAUUGGGGCUGGGGUGGGGGAAGCCCAGUGUCAAAGGCAUUUUCAGUAAACCUCCAUGCCCUCCUUUGUCCAGGUGCUCGUCAGACCCUAGCUUCAUGCCCCGCUAGACUCCUGUUUUUUAUUUUUUUUCUGUCUGUACUGACAGUACCAGAAUUUGGCCAUUUGUUCCAGCUCCCCCCUUUCUCUGCACUUGUCACAGCCAGAUUCCAGCUUCGAGCUAUUCCCUGAAGAAGCCGCACCAAGCUCGUUUUCAGGCUGAGCGCCUGGGCUUGGGGGGAGGUACAUGCCUGCCCCCGCUAGGUGUCAGCUCAGAGUUGGCCUAAUGCUGCCGCCUUUGGCUUCUUUAUGGGGGAGGCUCUGAGGAAGGCUCUUCCCUGGACAGCACAGAUCUCCCAGCAGGAGGUUUUGGUGAUCUUUGUGGAGAGUCAGGCUUUCAGGAUGUGUGGCUGUGAGUCUGGUUUUAAAGUGCUGGAGAACCCAAAAUGCAUUCUGGGGUUUGACCCACCCACCCAUGUGAGGGCCUGUGGGCAAGGUUCCUCCGAAUGACCCUGCUUCCCCAGUGACUGUGCCGGCAGGAGGGGGUGGGGGAAGGCCAUCCGACUUGGAUCCCAUCCAGGCUAGACGGGCAGCGCUGCCCCCAGGCAGCUGGCCCAGGGGCCGAGCUCUGAGACAGUCCCUCCUCUGCCUACACUCAAGUGCACUCUCAGGCUAAGAGCACCGGCAGCCCAGACCCCUCCCCAGCCCAGUGCUGACCCACUGGACCAGUUAGGGAAUGGAGACUGUCCCAGCCACGUCCUAUGGUCCAUCGGCUCAACAGCCAAGAUGAGUCCUUAACCAGGUCUGUGGCCCCCUUUCCAAGUGUGUUUAGACUGAGGGCAGUUGUAAAGUCCAGUUUCGAUAGCAUUCCCCUUGGAGAGUCAAGAAAUGGAACAUCUCUGCCAGGAAACCAAAAGAAAUUGAUUUUCCUCCCCUAGCUGUCUAAAGCACCGCUGUGCUUCUCCUCAGAGAGGGGCUGAUGCCGGCGGCUUUGGUGGGGCUGCCUCACACGGGAACCCCGCCGCUCCUCUGGGAGAGCUCUGGCCACUGGGGCGGGAAGGCUGAAGGGGCCCCUCCGGGGGCGAUGCCGGCCCCAGCACCGUGGGAGGAAGCUCCGGGCCCGUGCAGGCUCGGGCUGGGUCAGUGUGAGGAGCCUGGGAAGAGCUUAGCUCAGCGCUCACACCGCCUGUCCCAGCUGGUGAAGAGACCCUGGGUGCCUCACAGCCUCAGGAAUUUACUGUCCCUGGGCUGCGGUUGGAAAGGGGAUGCCUGGAGAUGUUACAGCGAUCUCCAAUUGCCGUGUCUCCAUGAAUAUCUCUAGACAUGCAGAGAAGAUGCAAACCCGGGGUCACCGCUUCCAGGUGUGGGCACAGAGAGGAGGCCAUGUUCACAGUGUGUCCUGUCAUUCCAAAGUACUUUCUUGUCUCUUGUACUCUCCCCACCUCAACUCCUUCUGAAACUCCGAGUCAUAAAAGAAUGGCCAAGAGACUUGAUCUCCAGCAAGAGCUAUGCCUGCUAAUGAGGGUCUUCCUUUUAUGUGUCCUUGAACUCCCUCCCCACUGGACCUUGGGAUCCAACACUACAUCACCUCCUGCUGACUGCACAGCUUAGGGCUAUCCAGCCCUGAGCUGCCUGCGUACUUCCGACAGUGUCCAGGACUGAGGCAGACCCAGAUUUCGUGAGGGUAGAGAAGGACUCCAGACUUAAGAAGUUGUGUGUAAUGGUCUGAGGAAGGGAUCUUCACUGGCUUCUCUAAAAAGCCACCUCAGCAACAGACAGAAGCCCCUGACGCCCAGCCCACUGCCUCCUCCAGGUGUGAUGUGGUUACAGUCUCAGUCUGUAGGUGUGUGUGCGCCACUCUGCCCUUCUGUCUUCUGGGGGUGCCCCUUUCUCCUGUGUGUCAAGUUCCAGCUUUUUUGUGGCUCCUGGUGUGAAAUGUGCUGUGAUGUUUCUGCCCUGUCUGAGGGAUGUUUCGCGAUCCCUCAGUGUUUCAGUAUUGGGGAUGAGGCCGGGCCGCGUCUCCCACCAUCCUAAGAGGAUGCGUGGGUUCUGUGGCUUCCCAGAGAGCUGUGUACUACAAGUUUCCAGGAGGACCUCCAGUUAGAAACAGCCCACAUCCAGAUUUGGAUCCGCUGAUGAGGACUUGUCCAGAAGUGGAGUCCACUGCUUCAUUCACAGGGCUGGCUGGAAGGGCGGCCCGUGCUCCAGGACCCCUCCCUCUCCCCCUGCCUUUCUCCUGUCCUGACCAGGUUCUGGAAGGGGCGCCCUGGAGAGGUCAAGACCUGUAACCACCUCGAAGUGGGCAUCAAGCAGUCUUUAUCUUGGGGACCCCUGGACAUCUCAGCCCCUCCAUGGAGCCCUUGCACAUCUGCAAAGACUGAGUCACAGGCCCCAUCCCUUCUUUGCUGUGGUUAGUAUCUCGUUCUGUGGUUGGUUAGCAGUGUGGACGACCUACAUAGCAAAUCUUUUUGUCUGCAAUUUAGAGAAUGUGUAAACAAAUA